UCCGAGUCCACCAUAUCUCACCACGAUUCCGUGUUGCAGACCAAGGUGUUCCGUCCGUCCCCUCUUCAGCUCUUCCUCAAACGCGCUACUCGUGAAUCAAGUCAAAGGACAUCGGCUCCGCCUCGAUCGGGAGAUUGCUCUCUGCAGAUCGCCAGGCUAGCAUGGAGUCGACGGGCAGGGAUGGCCGCCGUGGGCCUUGGAACUACUACCUCAAGGAGACUGGAUCCAAUUCCUACACCAGCAGCUCAGGUACGGUCUCAACUGGCUACAGCGCGUCCACCGGCUCUCAGCUGUCCUGGAGGUUUAUGGAGGUGGCCAGGCACUUCCAAGAAAUGGAGAUGGAGGAUCCAGUUUCUAUGGAGAUGGAGGAGGCUGUCAUGGAUCUCGAGUUUGUUCAGUCCCCAAAAGAAACGGCGAGCGGGGAGAAGAUCCAGGAAAUGGAGGCGGACAGGCAGAUCCAGGAAAUGGAGAUGAAUAAGGCUGUUGAGUUUGUUCCGUCCCUAACAAAGAAGGCGACGAAAAUGAAGCAAAUUAAAAUCCUUGCCAAGGAAUUCUUCGGUGCGCCGUCGGGGAAAUGCAGCGCCGAAGGAGGCGACCUGAAUGUCCUGGAGAGGUGGUUCACGGAGCUGGGCGUCAGGUGGGUUCUACACGUCGCUGAUGGUGCACCUGCAGGGGAAUUCAAGCAUGCUCUUGAUGCAUCCAGAUGGAUCCCGGCUCUCACCGAAAUCGUAGAUACCUUCCGCCUGAUCACGUCGAGGUUCCUUCCCAGCCGCGACUCCGCGGAGGAAGAAGAGCUUGCUACGGAGAGUGACGAGGAACAAAAUAUGGCAGAACACUUGCAGCUAGCAAGCUUCACCCAGCAAGCCAUGUUGAAGAUGCUCACUUUUGUUGACUUCAUUGUUGCUCCAAAUCUUACUCGUCAAGUUUUUAUUACCAAUUCGGUGCCGGCACAUACACACCGGCACCAUAUAUACAACAAGCUCCACAACCUGCUCCGUGUACAUGAGGCUAUGUCCAAGCUGGCCUGGAUUAAGAUCCGGUUGGUAUCAUCAUCCUCUGCAGAAGUUGCAACGAUACUUCGCGAGAUAGUUGACGUCCUAUCAGCAAAGGAGGACAUGGUGGGCGAGGCCAUAUGGAGCGCACUGGAGGAGAUUAGGACUCGACUCCUGGAAUCACCGGAGGACGUCCAAGGCUCAUCAGGUACUCAAGCUCCACAAGGAUCAUCGGAUAUUGACAAGGCCACCAGGUCCGUUAUGGUGUACGUAAUGUUCCUGCAACAUAAUUACUGGUUACUGACGCCAGUUGUAUCGGAAGCUGCUAGUCUCGGUAAGUAUGUUCCUCGAUUUGGAGCCGUACAACCUGUGACAAGCCUGGCAAUGGAGACGAUAUCUUUUCUAGAAGAAAAGCUUGCUAACAAAUCAGAAGCAUCCCCAGAUCAGGGCCUCAGGUUCUUAUUCUUGCUCAACAACUCAUCUUUCAUAGCGGAUCAACUCCACGACACUCCUUAUUUCCCCAAGUCCUACAAGGAAGACCUCGCUGGCAAAGCUGAGGACUAUAUGAAGAGGUAUAUGCAGGUAUCAUGGGCACUGGUGUUGUCAUGCUUGAUCAAUCCUACACCUAAUUGCUUGGGGAAAAACUACUCUCCCCUGCCUAAGUUCGAGUUCGAAUUUCAGAAGAUGUAUAAUACCCAAAAGUUGUGGAAGGUCCCCGACCCCAAGCUGAGGAGUAGGCUGCGCAGAGCUAUCAUAGAUGAAGUCAUACCAGGCUACAAGAGGUACGUAGGGGAUGACAACAGAAAUGUCCCCCUAAAAUUCAGUCCCUCAAACCUGCAAGAGAUGUUGCAAGAGUUAUUCGAAGGCUGAAUUCGCAACAAAAAAAAAAACUAUUCGAAGGCUGGACAAGAGCACCACACCAGACUAGUCUACGUAGGUACAUCUACUUGUGUUUCCUUCUGUGUAGAUUUUGGGAUAGAAUGUUAACAUUGUUGCUUCUCAAGCUGUGAGUGAAACAUCUAAAAAGCUGAAGCAUUACAAAAACUUCUUGUGACUGUAGUGUACAUUCUUGUAUUAGCAAAACAGAGAUAUCUAUAUGCUCUUCUUUCUCUUAA